CCGUCAUCAUGGCUCGCUUGUCCCUCCUAUAUGCCUUCCUGAUCAUAACAGCGACAUGGAGGGUGUCCCAGGCAAAGCAGGAGACCUUCUUUCUGCCUGACAAUAACGCCGCACAGUUGUACUUUACCGACACUCUGCUACCACCACAGCUUUUGUCGUACGUAGACGAGAUCAGACAGAACGGCACCAUUCCUGGUAUCUCCAUUGGCGUUGUGCGUCUUGGGAAGAACAAGGAGCCCAUCAUACAACUUGCGUCGUCUGGAAGGAAGACUGAGGAGGGAAACGGACACGAUCUCACCCCAGAUACGCUGUUUUGUCUUGCUUCAUGCUCAAAAGCGUUUCUUGCAACGUCUGUCGGGCUGCUCAUGGAAGACUAUGCUACUGCUCAAAAUGUGACCCCUCUGCCUUCCGGUCUGACCCGCUUCGACUGGGAUACGAAAGUGAUAGAUAUCGUCCCCAAAGAGCUAGAAUGGGGUUUGCAUGAUAUAGGGGGAGACGAUUGGGCCACACGCAAGGCGAGCAUUGCCGAUAUCCUGGGCCAUGUGAGUGGUCUCCCGAGGCACGACCACAGCUACAGACUUGGCGACACUCCUGAAGAUAUCGUGCGCCGUAUGCGUUUGCUCCGGACUUCGUACGAGCUGCGCGAGAUAUGGUCCUACAACAACCAAUUCUACGUCCUCGGGGCUUACCUCGUUUCGCACUACGCCAACACGUCCUACUCUGACUUCGUCGAACGGCGCCUCUUCAAGCCACUCGGCAUGACCACUUCCACCUUCUCGCCCUCCGCUGCGAACUCCUCGGGGCUGCUUACAGAUACCUGGGCCAAGUUCGGUCGACAAAUUCCCUUCUGGUUCGACGACAGUGUUGGCGAACUCAAGGCGGGGGCUGGUGGCGUCAUCUCCAGCGCGCAGGACAUGGUCAAGUGGCUUGCAGUGUUAUUGAACGAAGGACAGCACCCGGCGACGAAUAAGACGGUGAUCCCGAAGAGCGUGUUCGAUGCGGUCACGACUUCGCGAUGGAUAGUGUCUGGCAAGCCGGCCGGCCCUAUUCGCGACAGCAUCGUCGGCUACGGCAUGGGCUGGAUGCGGUCCAAUUAUGGGGACGUCGAGGUCGUGGAGCACACCGGAGGCAUUCCAGGCUUCUCGACGCUUGUUGCGUUCGUGCCUCAGCGCAACCUCGGCGUUGUCAUCUUGAGCAAUGCGAACGAGAAAGCCGUUUGGAACUCCAAGAUACUCAUGCGGAUACUAGAUGACGUCCUUGGCUCCAAGACGUCUAUGACAGCGGUCUAUAGUUCGCAAGCUGAGGCGGAGCGGUCCCCCACGAUGGAGCUCACGUCCCCGUCUCUCGCCCUAGAGGAUUACACCGGGCUGUACACUGCCCCAGGCUACCUCCCCAUCCGUCUCUGCUCGAAAGAGAUCCACUCCAAGCACUGCAGAGACGUGAUCUCCGACUUCGCCGCUAUACAUAACUCCUCCACACUCGAGAGUAGCCUCUACGCAGCCUUCCCCGCCGUCUGGGCAUCGCACGUUCGCCUCAGCCACUUCUCCGGGGAUGUGUUCAACAUCACGUUCACGGCGCUGUUCCCGAACGGCUACGGACAGAACACGACGGCGUUUGAGACCGCAGAGACCGGUGAGAGCGAGGGAUGGGUCGAGUUCAAAGUGGCAAAGGGUGAGGUGGAGGGCUUUUCGCUCGUGAUCGAUCAUGCGGCUUAUGAGUCGAGGAAGAGGAAGAUUGGAAGUGAGCUGACUGAGACGGGGGAUGCAUGGUUCGCGAAGGCUUGAGGGUGGGAUCCGGACAGUCUAGAAGAGAGCAAUGUGCCUAUCAUCGGCGACGUGCACUAUACGGCUCUGCUCUACCGCUAUGCAUCGCAGGUGUCGCUGAAGGCCCUUGGGGCUAGUGACAAGGGUGUUGAGCACGACAAUAGAACGUAUUAGCACAGAGUAAUCAUUUUAGAACCGCGGUACCGAAGUGGGGUGGUUCA